AUGACGCUUCUAUCAAAGCCAAGCAUCUCAAUGGAAGAUAUAAGAAACACCAUCGACACUUACAUCAAGGGACUUUCAGAUGAGCUCUACACUUUGAACAAGCAGGCAAGACUCUCCUUUCAAGAAUUCAAAGCUCAAACUCAUAUUUCCGACUUCCUUGAACAACAAGGCCAUUCAGUUCAACGCGGGGCUUACAGCCUACCUACAUCCCUCGAGUCUAUAUAUGGCUCCAAAGGCCGAUGCGUCAACUUCAACGCGGAAUAUGAUGCCCUUCCUGGCCUUGGCCAUGCUUGUGGUCACAACCUGAUCGCUAUAGCCAGUGUUGCUGCUUAUCUCGCUUUGACACAUACUUUGAGGAAGUAUGGUAUUGACGGAAGAGCGCAGUUACUAGGUACGCCUGCUGAGGAGGACGGCGGAGGGAAGAUUCUCCUCCUCAAUGCUGGGGCCUAUGAGAAAGCCGAUCUUUCUCUGAUGAUUCACCCUUUUGUGGAAGACCAAUUCCGUCCAAACGGUACAAUCGGAUCCGCCGGCCAAAGCAGCAUCGCAAUCGUCGAUUUAAUCGCCGAAUUUCGCGGCACCAGCGCCCACGCUUCCGGAAACCCAUGGGACGGAAUAAACGCCCUUGACGCACUGGUAGCUUCAUACAAUAACAUAUCAAUGCUACGACAGCAGAUAAGGCCAGAUGAGCGUAUCCACGGAUGCAUUCUUCAAGCACCAAAGAUCACGAAUGCGAUACCAGAGUAUACAAAGGUCAAGUUCUCGAUUCGAAGUCCAAAGAUGAACUCCCUGAAGAAGUUGAGUCAGCGGGUGCGGCAUUGUCUUGAGGCAGGAGGGUUGGCUACGGGCUGUGAGGUUGAGAUAACUGAAGACCUGGCGUAUGCUGAUCUCUGGGUCAAUGAUCCUCUAUGUUCUCUGUUUAAGCAACAUAUGAAUUUACUUGGUGUUCCGCUGUCUCAAGGGAGUCAAAGCGAGAAUAUCGGUGGUUCGACUGAUAUGGGGAAUGUUAGCCAGAUUAUCCCUGGCCUGCAUGCGAUUGUCGGGAUCGAAGCACCAAAGGGCACGUUCCCACACAAUCAUGCUUUUGCAGAGGCUGUUGGUGCGAAGGAUGCUCAUUUGAGGAUUCUCGAAGCUGCGAAAGGAAUGGCUUUAACGGCGUGGUCUGCGAUUGUCGACGAUAAGGUGUUUGCUGAGAUUCAGGACCAUUUUGACAAGAUGAGGAAGACAGCCGAGAACUUGGGUCUAUGA